UUCAAUGUCAUAUUUUACUUUAACACAUGUCACUUUUUCACUUUGAUUUGACAUUGGUUAACUAUUUGGGUGCACACAUUUAGUUGACUCAUUUUGUCAUUUCUUGUGUUUUUGGUUUACUUUAAACUAAUAUACUUUUUAUCUGAGUUGCCAGUUCCUGGGAGGCUGUCAUGUGGGUGUGGCCAGUAGAGGAAAGGAGUCCCCAGCUGCAAAAGAUCCCCAUGACAAGGAGGCUUAGUUGGACUCUUCCACUUAGUUUUAGAAGGGGUGUUGGAAAUGUUUAGGUUUUUCUAUGUGGUUUUGUCUUUUGUAAUUAAAUUUGGCAAGUUUAAUUAUUUAAGUCCUCUUCCUCAUAGGUUGCUGAUUUUAGUACUGUACUGAUUAGUUUGGUCUUUUGUUGUAGUUUUGUUUAGGUAAAUGUAUUUUAUGUUCCCCUCUUGUGUCAAAAUGGUCUGAUCAACCAGUGUAUAUGUUUCCCUUGUGUGUCAGUUUAAGAGGAGGAAGGAGAAAAAGUAUGUUCGUGUGGUAAAUAAAUUUUGUUACUAUUUUUCUCAAAGAUUUCCCUGUGCUUCUCUGCUUUUUCGGCUCGGUCCCUUACAUGUGGUGGCAGUGGUGGGAUCUGCCAGUAAGAGAGCACAGUUUUUCCCCUUUUUUUUUCUUUUCCAUGGUGAAACCUUGAGAGGUGGAUAAUGCAGCGUGGAGGACGUAACACCAGAGGAGUUCGUGUGGAGCUGCCCGAGGAGGCUGCUCAGGAGGAGCAAUUGGAUCCAUCCGGGCCAGGAUUGUCUGGAGGGGUAGCAGACAGAGAAGAGGAGGUUCGAGAACCAACCCUGUCUGACCUGGCUGGGAUCCUUCGAGCUCACAUGGGUCAGCAAGAGGCUCGUGAUGUACGGUGGAGGGAGGAGUCAGCACGCCAGGAGCAGCGGUUCAAGUCCCUGCAGCACCAGUUUCAAAUGCUUCAGUUGGAGGUACAGGCCCGGACUUCUCCUACACCAGAACCCACUGGACCAGGGCCAGACAAAGAGGAUUUGGAGAACCUGGAUUUGAAGGAAACAAUCCAACCAACUCAAGUUAUAUCAUCAGGUCAGUCUCGUUUUCUCCAAGAACCUAGACUUGAAAGAUUAUCAGAAACUGAUGACAUUGAACACUUUCUUAUAACAUUUGAGAGGAUUGCUGCAUCAUGUAGAUGGCCCAAGUCAGAAUGGGUUUUCCGCCUUAUACCCCUGCUAACUGGUAAAGCAAGAAGCGCUUAUGUGCAUAUGGAUAUGGAUGAUGUUGAUAGCUACAAACAUGUCAAGGAGGCUAUCCUAAAGAAAUAUGAUAUUAAUCCAGAAACCUAUAGGCAGAGAUUUCGUUCCACAGAUGUUGGACCUGGAGAGACUCCUAAAGAACUUUAUGUAAGAUUGAAGGAGCUGUAUGACAAGUGGAUCCAACCAAGAGAUAAAACUGUAAAAGAGGUGGGUGAAAUUAUCAUCUUGGAACAAUAUCUGCGCAUGCUAUCCCCUGAGCUUCAGGUGUGGAUCCGGGAGCACGAUCCUUCAUCAGCGGCCCAGGCUGCUCAGUUUGCAGAACAGUUUGUGGCUGCUCGGAAGAAAGGACAACCAUGGAGCUACUCCACCUGGAAGGCUGCAAAGGACACCCGCAGACCAACAACCUCUCAGUACCAGCAGAAAGUUCCUGGUGGGGGUAAGACUUCCCUAAGAGAGAAUGAAUCAGCAAAUGUCACAAAGCAGUACCAUAAAGUGCCCAUAUGUUAUCUGUGUGGACAAGAAGGGCAUACGAAACCAAUGUGCCCGAAGAAUCCUCCUAAGCUAACCCAAAUGUGUGUGGUUCCCUAUAAAAGUGCAUUUACAGGUUGUGAUGGACAUUCAAUAAAACUGACAACUGUAAAGAUUAAUGGGAAAACGUUGAAAGCCUUAGUUGAUACCGGCAGUGUGCAGACUCUGGUGCAAAGACAGUUUAUACCAGCUAAUGUUGUUUGCACCUCUGAGACUAUUCCUAUUUGUUGUGUACAUGGAGACGAGAGAUUCUACCCCACAGCGGACAUUUAUAUGGAGGUACAGGGGCAACCUUACCUUCUGAAUGUGGGAGUUGCAGAUAAGCUUCCUUUUCCAGUUGUGUUGGGUAGCGACUUACCCGUCCUGUUUGAUUUAGUGCAGGAUUCUCACAUCUGUAAUAUUGCUGUUACCAGGUCCCAGGUCAGGCAGGUUGACGAACCUUCUGUGACUUUGAGGGCCCUACCCUUUUAUGAUGCAGAUUUGGAUGUACAGCCUGGCAAGACACGGAAAUCCCGCAGGCAGAAAAGGCAAGAGAAGUAUCAACAUACAGUCAUGACACCUGGAGAAGUCUUGGAUGCUCCACUGGAUCUUAAAGUGUCUCUAAACAUGAGCCAAAUGCAGCAUGAUGAUCCCAACCUAGCUGCCUUGUUACAGGAAGCAAAGACCGGGAAAGAAGGGACAGUGUUUAAAUCUGGUUCUGGGAAGUAUGUCUUUGAAAAGGGCACCCUUUAUCACCUACAGGGCUCAGCUAGAAAGUUGGUGGUGCCUAAAGGAGCACGUGAUACCGUACUGGUCUUGGCCCAUUCCAUUCCCUGGGCUGGCCACCUGGGGAAACACAAGACCAUUGCUCGUAUAAGGCAACAUUUCUACUGGCCGGGCCUAAGAACUGAUGUUGCCAAGUUUUGUAAGACAUGUCCUGAGUGCCAGGUGACAUCCAAUAGAUUACCCUCUAGAGCACCACUUCAACCUCUUCCCAUUAUUAGUGUCCCUUUUCAGCGGCUUGGCAUGGAUAUUGUGGGUCCACUCGAGCGAAGCAGAGCCGGUAACCGCUACAUGUUGGUGAUUACCGACUACGCAACCAAAUAUCCUGAGGUGUUUCCACUAAAAUCUAUUAAAGCAAAGGCAGUAGCUUUCUCCUUGGUGCAGCUUUUCUCCAGAGUUGGAUUUCCAUGUGAGAUUGUAACAGACCAGGGUUCCAACUUCAUGUCCACACUGCUGAAACAGGUGUACCAGCUGUUGGGAAUUAAAGGUGUGCGAACUACUCCUUACCACCCACAAACUGACGGCUUGACAGAGCGGUUCAAUCAAACACUCAAGCAAAUGCUCCGUAAGUUUGUGAAUGAGGCUGGUUCUGAAUGGGAUCAAUGGCUCCCCUACCUACUCUUUGCUUAUAGGGAAGUUCCCCAGGCAUCUACAGGUUUCUCACCAUUCGAAUUGUUGUAUGGUCAUGAGGUGAGGGGGCCUCUGGCUCUACUCAGGGAGACCUGGACUGGAGAACAAGGGGGUGAGGAAGCUGAUGUGGUUUCUUACGUUGUACAGAUGAGAGAGAAACUGGAAAAGAUGUCAGAGCUUGCUCAGCAGCAUAUGGCUGAGGCACAGAAGUACCAGAAGACUUGGUAUGAUCGGUCUGCACGACAUAGGACUUUCAGCCCGGGUCAAAAGGUCCUAGUUAUGCUGCCAUCCUGUGACAACAAGCUUUUGGCUAAAUGGCAGGGUCCGUUUCAAGUGGUGAAACAGUUGGGACACACCACAUACCAAGUUGCCAUUCCAGGUAAAAGACAUUCCAACAAAGUUCUGCAUGUAAAUCUUCUCAAGGAAUGGGAGGAAAGACCACGACAGAAGGCUGCUGUGUUAUUGAUUAGAUCGGUGGAGGAGGAAGAGCUGGUGGACGAUCAGUAUCUGCCAUCAUCAGCACCAAUGGCUUUGGAUUUGGGACAUUUGUCAGCUGUUCAACAAAAUCAGGUCAGAGCUUUGUGUCAUCCAGACAUAUUUCAGGAGUAUCCAGGUCGCACUAAUAUUAUUGAACAUCACAUAACUUUGAAGGAGGGUGCACAAGUGAAACGGAUGAGUUACAGGAUUCCAGAGCGUCUUCUUGUUUCCUUGAAAAAGGAAGUGGACUUGAUGCUUUCUUUGGGGAUCAUUGAGUACUCAAAGAGUGAGUGGUGUAAUCCUGUGGUUUUAGUCCCAAAGAAGGACAGCUCAAUCCGUUUCUGUAUCGAUUUUAGAUACCUGAACUCUGUGUCCAAGUUUGAUUCCUACCCUACACCACGCAUUGAUGACAUCAUUGAGCGUCUGGGAAAAGCAAAAUACCUGACCACCAUCGACCUGUGUAAGGGUUACUGGCAGGUUCCCCUAUCAGAGUCGUCCCAGGAGUUGACAGCCUUUCGGACACCUUGGGGACUGUUCCAGUUUACCGUUUUGCCGUUUGGACUGCAUGGUGCUCCAGCAACUUUCCAAAGGCUAAUGGAUCAGGUACUAAAUGGAUGUGACAACUAUGCAUGUGCUUACCUGGAUGAUAUUGUGAUCUACAGUGGUUCCUGGGAGGAGCAUCUCAAGCAUUUGGAGGAAGUGCUGAGGCGUCUACAAUCUGCAGGCCUGACUAUCAACCCUGAGAAAUGUGUUCUGGCGCAGUCUGAAACUGAAUACCUAGGGUUUGUUAUUGGGAAUGGAGUCAUCAAGCCACAGGUCCGGAAAGUGCAUGCCAUCGAGUCUUGCCCUCUGCCCCGAACCAGGAAACAGCUGAGAUCCUUUUUAGGGAUGGCUGGAUUCUAUCAGCGGUUCAUCCCCAACUUCUCUGCCAGAGCUGCUCCACUAACUGACAUGAUUGGGUCAAAAUGUCCUAUGGUGAUCCAGUGGACAAAAGGAGCUGAGGCCGCUUUUAAGGACAUUCAACAGUCUUUGGGUAAGAGCCCAGUUCUUCAUUGCCCUGACUUUGAAAAGCUAUUUAUUCUGCAGACAGAUGCCUCAGAGAGGAGCAUAGGAGCCGUCCUUCUGCAGGGUCCAGCAGAAGAUCAACAUCCGGUGGCAUUCAUCAGCCGUAAACUCUUCCCAAGGGAGACUCGUUAUUCUACAGUGGAGAAAGAGGCCCUUGCAAUUAAGUGGGCCCUUGACUCUUUAAAAUAUUACCUCCUGGGAAGAGAGUUUACCCUGCAGACUGAUCAUAAGGCCCUCAAGUGGUUGCAGCGGAUGAGGGAUACCAACGGCCGCAUCACGCGAUGGUACCUGGCUAUGCAACCGUUCCGCUUCACCGUGGAGCACAUCCCGGGUAAAUGUAACCUGACAGCAGACUACCUCUCUCGUUGGGGUUGUGAGGACUCUGAAGGGAGGGGGAGUGUGAUGGCCGCAUGUGCAACCACACAACAAAUGAUUUGGUAA